CUUCGUAGCGGUACAGAGUGUGUAAGUCGAUCUGCGUGUUGUUGUUUUCUCUGUGUGCUUUUCUACGCGAUCCUCGAGCCCAGCGGCCCAGCACAAUGUUAAGAGCAAAAGCAAACGGAAAUGCAAGUGUAAGGUGUGUGUGCGUGCAGUGUGAGUGAGGUGCUCAUCUCUCCUCUGUGCUCUGUGCUGUGUUGUGUUGCAAGCUGCAGUGCUUCGAAUGGUUAGUGCAGUGGAAUAAGCAUAGCGAAUAAGCAAAGUGCAUCACACAGAUAAGAAGCAAACGAGUGUGUGUGUGUGUUUUGUCGGUGUGCGUGUGUUUUUCCUUUGUAUGUGUGUCUGGUGGGAGACGUAAAAGGAGCCGACAAGAGCCGAAGGGGUGGUGCUGGUGGAACGUACACCCCGAAAACAGGAUUUCCCUCGAGUCACCGUGUCCUCGAGCAACGGCCCUUGCGUUCAUCAAAGUCCGUAGCCGCGCAGCAGCAUAAGGCGCAAGGCGAAAAACCCCCGUCACGAAAGAAAAGGGCAAGAAGCGGUUCAGGGCUCCCUCUCAUCGAUCACCGGUUUGGUUGGAUUUGGUGCGACAAGCGAAGGCAACAAGCGUUGCAUAACCUCGACAAAGUGGAAAACACACCUCGAUGAAAUCAACAUGGAGAAACACUCGAUAGUUAGCACGAUACUAUACGUUUUGACAAUAACAACUUUCACACAUGGCGCACAGAUUCCAUCCAUGAAGCGCUCGGCAACGAUAUUCACCAAGGAACCGACCGUGCGGAUACAAUGCCAAUCGGGCUCGAUGCUGAUCACCAUCAAGGAUGCACCGGCCAACCUGAACGGCCAGUUCAGCGGGAUGGUGUAUCCGAAAGGGUUGGCAAAAAAUUCGACCUGCCUCACCGAGUACCACGAGCAGGAGGGUCCGCUGCGCUACAAGCUGCCACUGAAGAGCUGCAACACGAUGCCGAUCGAGACGGAGGACGGUGGCAUCGAGUUCUUCAACACGAUCGUUCUGCAGCCUCAUCUCAAGCUGGUCACUGAUCUGGGGCGGGGCUACCACGUACGCUGCCGGUACAAGAGCCGCGAGGCAGCGCUGAAGAAUGUUUCCUACCGGCACAAGGCGGCCGAUGACAGUCGGCCGCUUGCGCUGACCAGUGCGGAAGGUGCCGGACCCGAUCGGCGCGAGCAUGGCCGCUCGAUGGACAGCGGCAAGGACGAUCGGGCGGUAAGCGGCGAGGAUGGGCAGCAGCAGGAUGCCGGCAAACCAAUGCCGGGCUGCCACAUGAAGAUCUUCACCGGGGAGAAGCUGGCGGAGAACGUAAAGAUCGGUGAUCCGCUCACGCUGGUGAUCAACAUCGAUCAGCAGGAGGAGUACGGGCUGCACGUAACGGACUGUCUGGUGCGCGACGGGCUGGGCUGGGGCGAGCAGAAGCUGAUCAGCGACGAGGGCUGCCCGCUGGACAGCGAGAUUCUUGGCCCGUUCGAGUACACGGCGGACCGGAGCAAGGCGACGGUUACCUUUCCGGCGCACAAGUUCCCGUACACAUCCUCGGUGUACUAUCAGUGCAACGUGAAGCUGUGCGCGCUGAAGGAUCCGGACUGUCACAAGACGCCGACCUGCACGAACAAGAGCGGACGCACCAAGCGCCAGACGGACGAGGAGGGCCAGCCGGCCACGAUCGAAGUCUUCUCCGGGCUGCACGUCAACGAGAACGCGGAGGUGCUGAGCGACGAUGCCGAUUCGGUGUUGAAGGAGAAGACACCGGACGAUGCCAUCUGUGUGUCCCAGCGUAGUUUCGCCGUUGCCAUAGCCAUUGCCGGCCUCUGCCUGAUGCUGGCCGUCGUCCUCGCGGUGAUGUGCAUCGUGGCCCGCCGCAGCACCAAGUCCGUGUCGCACUCGGGCAGCUCGAUCUACAGCGGCCCGUACACGAACACCGCCUUCUCGCACAGCAGCUAAUCUUCCACGGCCGUACAGGGGAUUCGUAAUCUGUGAUGCCUUCCUGGGGAUGUUUUUUUGUUUUUGACGAGGAGCUCGGUGACAAAAGCGAGGGAGUAAAAAGCGACAAAAAACGAACGCUACUUUUCGAACGACCGUGCGACGAUCGCACGGGGAGGGAAAACAGGGCUCGCGUGUAGCUUUAGGGACAGUGUUAGGGACGGCACAAGAUUUUAGCGUUUAGUGGACAGGCGUAGUAGUACUACGAAAUUGAAACAUAGGUUUAUUGACAGGUAUUACCGAAGCAAUCUUCAUCGUGAAUGCGAAUGAUGGUUCUCUCCCUUUUCCUUUCCGCGUUUAAUACGAUUGCUUUGCUAAUAUCGCAGAGACGGAAUUCCCCUCGGACGGGCGGAUUGGGCGACGGAGUUAGUCAACAAUUCUGCCCCAGCUGACCCGCUCCUGAGGGUGUCUCUGGAACAAACAAACAACAAACACAAACUAACUCCUCGUUUUACUAGAAUAUUUUAGCACGUAAUGGGGUGUCCGUGCCCUCCGAUUUGUUACUGCAGUAGCACAACACUCGGCUCGACUCGAUCGCUUCACUCGAUCGAGCACGUCCGGGGCAGGGGGACGAUCCUGCCAUCCUCUCAAGCUCACGUUUCCGGAUCUAAGUCAGGUGAUGGGUACCUUCGAUAGACUUGCUCUAGUUUAGUAUUCUACUCUCCUCGCCCCUGCCAGCUGUAAUCUGUUUUAACUUCCUAACUGCUUCUAAGUUACUUUCCGACACAAAUCUUUUGUUGUAACAGAGAGAAGAAGGGCCGGAAAGAGAGAGAGAGAGUGUGUGUAAAACGCAAACACACACAACUGCAAUAUGAUUGAAACAUUUCACCCACCUCCACCACCCCAUUCCCCCUCCACACCCUUUCCCAGUGUGUGCCAGUGUUCACCCAGGGUGGUUGUGGCAGCAUCGUCUCUCGGGGGUGAUCGUGAUCGUCGCACCAGAUGGCCGUACGCUAUGUGGCCCGUCCGCUCUUAAUUGCCAACGCACUGUAAAAAGUAUCGCUAAUUUUAAUACUUUUAUAUUUAUUUAAUAUCGUCCCUUUGAAAUGUUUUUUUUCACCUCUCCCAUUCCUUCCCCAUCCAUCUCGUUCCCUUCCCCUAUCCAUCCACCCCUAGAAGAAAUGGUCGUCUCGUAUUGCAGUUGUGUCGAUGCAAAAUAGUGUGUAAGAGAAAGCGUACCCAUGUGUGCAUGUGUAUGAGAGUGGUGUUGCUAGAACCCGUUAUGGAAGUUUUACUUAUUUUUUUUUACGCACACAAUUUAGCAAAAUAAUGAAACACCGUAGCAGCGCGUGUGAUUCGUUGAAGGGUAGAAAUGAACUGUGGCGAGCGAUCGCGAAACCGUUCGCACGUACUGAAAACGAACUAGUAAAGCACAAGGGUUAGCAACUAGAAACUAAAAUAAACUGUGAAUAUAACAAAGGA